CCGACGCACCCGACCCGAUAGAGCAUCCGGCUCCCUCUCCGUGUCUCCCACACGUUUCCCCCGUGAUAUAUAUUGCUUGUCGCUUGCUUCGGACGCUAGGGUUUCCGCCAUCUUCCUCAGCGAGCAUCUGAAGGGAGUCGAGGGCUCGCGUUACCUUGCAGUAGUAGGUCUUCGUAUUCAAUCAUGUCGGAUCGACUGACACGUAUCGCUAUCGUCAGCUCUGAUCGAUGCAAACCGAAGAAGUGCCGCCAGGAGUGCAAGAAGAGCUGCCCGGUUGUCAAAACUGGAAAACUAUGUAUAGAAGUGACUUCUGCCUCAAAAAUUGCUUUCAUUUCUGAGGAGUUAUGCAUUGGAUGUGGUAUCUGUGUCAAGAAAUGCCCGUUUGAGGCCAUUCAGAUUAUCAACCUACCAAAGGACUUGGAUAAAGAUACAACCCAUCGUUAUGGACCAAACACAUUUAAACUGCAUAGAUUGCCAGUUCCAAGACCUGGACAAGUUCUGGGCCUGGUUGGGACAAAUGGUAUAGGGAAGUCUACUGCACUCAAAGUACUGGCUGGGAAGUUGAAGCCUAACUUGGGCCGAUUCAACAAUCCUCCUGAUUGGCAAGAGAUUUUGACAUAUUUCCGUGGCUCAGAGCUUCAGAAUUAUUUCACUCGUAUACUGGAGGAUAAUCUAAAGGCAAUCAUCAAACCCCAAUAUGUGGAUCACAUUCCAAAAGCUGUUCAAGGGAACGUAGGUCAGGUUCUAGACCAAAAAAAUGAGAGAGAGAUGAAGGCUGAACUAUGUGCUGAUCUGGAGUUAAAUCAAGUUAUUGAUCGAAAUGUGGGGGAUUUGUCUGGUGGGGAAUUGCAAAGAUUUGCUAUUGCAGUAGUUGCUAUACAAAAUGCAGAGAUAUAUAUGUUUGACGAGCCUUCAAGCUAUCUUGAUGUGAAGCAGAGGCUUAAAGCAGCACAAGUUGUUCGCUCCCUCCUUAGGCCUAACAGCUAUGUUAUUGUUGUUGAACACGACUUGAGUGUACUGGACUACUUGUCCGAUUUCAUUUGUUGCUUGUAUGGGAAGCCAGGUGCUUAUGGAGUUGUUACAUUACCCUUCUCUGUGCGAGAAGGAAUCAACAUUUUUUUGGCUGGCUUUGUUCCAACAGAAAAUCUCCGGUUUAGAGAUGAAUCACUUACAUUUAAGGUCGCUGAGACUCCCCAAGAAAGCGCUGAGGAUAUACAGACAUACCAACGUUAUCGAUAUCCUACCAUGACUAAAACCCAAGGGAAUUUCAAGCUUAAAGUGUUUGAGGGUGAAUUUACUGAUUCGCAGAUAAUUGUGAUGCUGGGUGAGAAUGGAACCGGAAAGACGACAUUUAUAAGGAUGCUGGCAGGAUUACUGAAGCCUGAUACUGUGGAAGAUUCAGAUGUUGAAAUACCUGAAUUUAAUGUUUCAUACAAGCCUCAGAAAAUUAGUCCAAAAUUUCAAUCAACCGUAAGGCACUUGCUGCAUCAGAAAAUACGGGAUUCAUAUUUGCAUCCGCAAUUUGUGAGUGAUGUCAUGAAACCAUUGCAAAUCGAGCAAUUAAUGGACCAAGAAGUUGUGAAUCUUUCUGGUGGAGAAUUACAACGAGUUGCAAUAUGUUUGUGUCUUGGGAAGCCUGCAGAUAUUUAUCUGAUAGAUGAACCAAGUGCUUAUCUUGAUUCAGAGCAGCGUAUCGUUGCCUCAAAGGUGAUUAAAAGGUUCAUCCUGCAUGCCAAGAAAACAGCUUUCAUUGUUGAGCAUGAUUUCAUCAUGGCAACCUACUUGGCUGAUAAAGUCAUCGUUUAUGAGGGGCGGCCUUCUAUUGAUUGUGUCGCUAAUGCGCCUCAGUCUUUGGUAUCUGGGAUGAACCUAUUCUUAUCUCAUCUUGACAUUACUUUCCGUCGAGAUCCAACCAACUACAGGCCCAGAAUAAAUAAGUUGGACUCUACCAAAGAUCGAGAUCAGAAAGCUGCUGGAUCUUACUACUACCUUGAUGAUUAAUCAAAUUCUUUUGCUCCGCUACAUACAGACGCAUUCAUCUUCGCUCUCCUUUUUCAUCCUGAAGAUGAAACUUCUCUGGCAAACAAUUCAUUACCGCAGGCAGUAGACUCAGUCUUUUCCUCAAUGCUUCAUGAAGAAACAUAAGAUGCUGCUUUCCUGGUUAUUGUGAGCCUACUCGGGAAUAGACUAUUACUGGUCAAGUUGAUAUUUAGAUAACAGUGAUAGUAUUUUAUUGGUGGAUGUUGCUGUGGGCAUGUCUAAAUUGUAUCAGUGUUCUUUUCUUGACGUCACUUAUUAUGUAUCACAUAUUUGAAAUUUUGUUUUUGUAUUUAUUAUUGAAACCUUGGGUUUUUUUUCCCAAUA